CAGCCGUGCGGUGCCCGCGUGUGUCCCGCUGAUAGUGGCUGGAUGUGGAGGCGGUUGCUGUGCUUGCCGGUCAGAGCCAUGUCUGGAGGGGGCGGCGUCCCCGCGCCUCAUCGCCAGCGGCCGUCGAAGGACUCGCUGCGGCACGUGCGGUUGCGCGAGAAGCGCCUCGGGUUCCCGGGCGCUUCUGAGCGCGAAGGGCCGCGCACCGUCUUCGUGCAGGUGGUGGCGGCGGGGGCGCGAGAUGUGGGAGCCGCGCUCUACGUGUUCUCCGAGUACAACCGGUAUCUCUUCAACUGUGGAGAAGGAGUGCAGCGCCUUAUGCAAGAGCACAAGUUAAAAGUGGCUCGUUUAGACAAUAUCUUCCUCACCAGAAUGAACUGGGCAAAUGUUGGUGGGUUGUCUGGAAUGAUCCUUACCUUAAAAGAAACCGCAGUCCCAAAGUGUAUACUUUCUGGACCUCCACAACUGAAAAACUACCUGGAAGCAAUCAGAGUGUUUUCCGGGCCAUUAAAAGGAAUAGAGUUGGCUGUGCAGCCCCAUACUGAUCCAGCAUAUCAGGAUGACACAAUGACUGUCUAUCAAGUUCCCUUGGUAGGCAAAAAGCCUGAAGAUUGGGAAAGGCUUCCUCCAAGGUCUCCAUCACCAAUUGGUGGGGCUGAUGGAAAGCAUAUCUCAGGACCAAGAUCUCCCUCUAUGGAGCACCAAAGCCUGAAAGAUGACACGAGUAAAGAAUUCCCUGAUAAAAAGGAUGAAAGAUUCCACACUGGUCAGAAGGACCCAUCUCUUGUGGUUGCAUUUAUUUGUAAGCUCCAUCCAAGGAAAGGGACUUUUUUGGUGUUGAAAGCAAAAGAGCUUGGCUUGCCUGUUGGUACAGCAGCAAUUGCUCCCAUCAUUGCAGCUGUGAAGGAUGGAAAGAAUAUUAUGUUUGAAGGCAGAGAGAUUUUGGCUGACGAAAUCUGUACCGCUACAGACAAGGGUGCAGUCUUCAUCAUACUGGAGUGUCCUCAUGAAGGCUUUAUAGAUGCAGUCUGUGAAAACACCACAUUGCAAAGGUAUCAAGAAGGAAAGCAAGAGAAUCAUGUGGCUUUAGUUGUUCACAUAACACCGGAAUAUGUUCUGCGGGAUAGUCGGUAUAAGCAGUGGCUGGAAAGAUUUGGUACAAAUACUCAGCACUUGAUACUGAAUGAGAAUUGCCAAUCAGUGCACCAUCUCCGCAGCCAAAAAAUUCAAACACAGCUCAACCUCAUCCAUCCAGAGAUCUUUCCAAUGCUCACCAACUACCAAAGCAAGGAAGAAGAGGCCAUGUUCAAUGUACCAGUUACACGAGGAGAGUGCCUUCUCAAAUACCAGCUGAGGCCCAAACUAGAAUGGCAGAGGGAGGCUGUUCCUGCUUGUAAUUCUGCUGAAUUUGUAGCUGAAGCCUUGGAACUCCCUGACUUCCAAGAUUCUGUGCAGAAGUGCAAAGAAAGUUUACCAGUCCAGUCAGUUGAAUCAGAAAAGACAAAUAGCUACCCAGAAGUUGUAUUCUUAGGGACCGGCUCUGCAAUUCCAUCAAAAAUCCGGAAUGUGAGCUCCACUCUGAUAAAUAUUAGCUCUACCCAGUCUCUGCUUCUGGAUUGUGGAGAAGGAACAUUUGGCCAGCUCUGCCGCCAUUAUGGAAAUGAAGUUGACAAAAUACUUCAUAACAUUGCAGCCGUUUUUGUGUCUCAUAUACAUGCUGAUCAUCAUACAGGCUUGUUGAAUAUCUUGUUGCAGAGACAUCGUGUGUUUAGAAGCCAGGGUCAACUUACCAGCCCAGUGAUACUGGUUGCGCCUACACAGAUCAUGACAUGGUUGCACCAAUACCACGACCAUUGCCAAGACUUCCUGAUGCACAUCAAUAUGAUUCCUGCUCGGUUCUUAUUGGAAGGGUUUGAUGUUGUUAAACCUAAAGCAAAAGCAUUCAUUUGUUUGCUUAUGGAAAAAUAUGACUUUGCAAAGUUUCAGACAUGUGAGGUCCGGCACUGUAAGAAUGCCUUUGCUUGCUCCAUGAUCCACAAAUCUGGAUGGAAAAUAGUCUAUUCUGGUGACACUAUGCCCUGUGAGGCUUUAGUUGAAAUGGGAAAAAAUGCUUCACUGUUGAUCCAUGAAGCAACAUUGGAGGAUGGCUUGGAAGAGGAAGCUAUAGAGAAGACACACAGCACUACUUCCCAGGCAAUUGAGAUUGGGAUGAAGAUGAAUGCUGAGUUUAUUAUGCUGAAUCACUUCAGCCAACGCUAUGCUAAAAUUCCUCUCUUUGACGAGGAUUUCAGUGAGAAAGUUGGAAUUGCAUUUGAUCAUAUGCAGGUGCGCUUUAGUGAUUUUGCCACAAUUCCCAAACUGAUCCUGCCCUUGAAAGCCUUGUUUGCGGGUGAGAUUGAGGAGAUGGAAGAGCGAAGGGAGAGGCGAGAGCUGCGUCUUCUGCGAGAAGCAAUUAAGGUUCAGGCUGCUCAUGAGAAGAAGGCAACAGCUAAAAUGAAACUGGACCACAUGGAGGAUUCUCAGGAGGAUUCUCAGGGAGCACCAAACAAAAAACAAAAAACUGCUAAUUGAGGAAAGCAGCAAGUAGCUGCCUUUGUGCCUUUCUGUCAGGGGAAGUGGCUUACGCAUGACGGUGUUGUGCAGAGCCCUGGAGUUUCUAGGAGGCAACUGCACACUUGAGCUUGGCUCACAUUGUUGCUCUUCUGCUAAAUCACCUGUGCUGGUUUUACAAGUGCAAGUUCUGCUGGACAUUUUGGCUGCACGGGUAUCAAAAUGUGCUUCCUGGUUGCAAUAACCAGAAAUAUGGUCUAACUUGAUGGACAUAUUUUAUGUUUUUCCUUUUUUAAGAAUUUGAGGCAAGAGUUGAAAGGUGAUCCUAGGCCAAGGGAAAUCGGGCUGCUUCAACUAGUGGGGAUAGGAUUUCCACAAUAAGUGAAAUUGCUUGGGUUGUUACUUCCUAAAUAUUUACCAGUUUUUAGGUGAUGAGUAUUUUACAGUACAAGAGGAUGUGAUGUAACCGUGCAUGCCUCAAAUUAGUACUAAAGACCCAGGAUUAUGAUUCCAGUAUUCUUCCCUACUUAAGUAUUAGCAGCACAAUGCUGUAGGUACUCUUUGUACACCCACACACAGAUUAAUUCAGGAAAGUAAAUAGAAUUUACUGAAUACAUUACUUUGUGUGCAUGUUAUUCCAAACUACUUAAUCAGUUUUAUCAAUACAAGGAAAAAUAUUUUAGAAUUGUGCUAAUCUAUAUUCCUGCCCUUCUAAUUUAUUACAAAAUAAAUUUAUCCUCUGCUCAUGUUA